AUGUCCGGGGAGGAACAGGCGGCCUCCGUUUCGGCGACGAUCGAGAAGUCUGGUACACUCGAACCCGCUAACAGUCACGUCCCUAAUGCGCUCGCUGGGGUGUCGAGAUUAUCCCAGUCUGACGAGGAUGCUGCAGCUCGCGACGGUGAUGAGAAGGCUUUAGAAUGGCAUGAGGUUAUAGAGCUACAAGCAUUUAGUGAGAGGAAGGUAUGGAUAGAGGAGAAGAUAAAGUUUUUAGAGAGCCUUCCUCCCAUUGAAGUAUUCGUGGGACUCGAUGCGGUGCGAUCCUCGGCGGAAGAAGUGCCAGGUCUUCCUUCCCGCUCACAACUUCAGGAAUGGCUGCAAGAACACGACAGGAUAGAGAAGGAAACGGAGAUAUUUGAUUCUGGUGAGCUCAGAAAGCUGAAGAAAUUCACGAAAGCUGCUACACAACGCAAUCUAUCCCUGGCGGACACCGAUCUCAUUGAGCUUACGCUCACAACCAUAUACGAGCUGGACAAGCUGUUACAUCUCCUGCGGGACAGGUCCGAUAAUCUUGAACUCCUAAAUAUCCGACUGACCUGGGAAGAACGUCGGAUCGCCUCUUGGGUGGAGCUCCGCAAGGUGGUGGCUGACUUACGAGAUUUCCUCGGCUCCCGGGCUCGAUGGUCGCCAUCUGUAUACGAUGUUGCGGUUGCCGAUGAUGAACUGGUCGGUGGUCACCAGCGGAAGAGAAGUGGAUCCUUCGUGUCUAUCACCUCAACCACGUCUGAAUCAUCCUACAUGAAUGCACCUGGUCUUGCUCGCAGCUCGCGGUUUAGGUUGGCCGAGACGCUUACUCGAGACGCUGCUCAGUUUGCCAGUCGUGCCUCCUCCCUCAGGCACACCAAGAUUGCCGGUGCCGGCAAAACUCUCGACAAGCUCAUUGACCACAGUCGUAAACCAGUGCCGGAAGAAUUGCUAGAUGAGCAAGAUCAACUAGAAAAUCAGGGCAUCAACGAGAUGGAGGAUAUAGGCAAAUUUGUCAUGGGGGUCGUCAUGCAAUGGAAAAAGGCUGACGAAAUUUAUGUCGAAACAAUGAAGGACAAGACUGCCGCACUGACUUUACUAGAAGAGAUAGAGGUCGCAAACAUGCAUCAUCCCACAGCACGUCAAGACGCUGCUUUCCUCUCUCGCAGCACUGCUCUUAUGAAGCGAUUAACUAUGCGAGGAAAUCCUUCAUUACUUUCCAGCGUUUUUCCUCGACCGACCCACCAUCUAUAUCCUGACCAAUCGGCCGCUAACGAGAGUGUCGUUCGUUUACUCUCGUCGGAGCUAUCGUCUGCCAUUGACGAAGCAAAGAAAGUUGAGGCGUGUGCGAAGGAAUACCAUGCCAGCUAUGAAGCAGUCAAGCGGGUGGAAACGGCCUGCAAGGCCGCUUCAGAUCUGUCCCUCACACUUGUCUCUCUGAUUGAGCGCCUGCAGACGGGUAUUGCGACUGCGAAUGGUGAUGGCACUCCACCGGAUCUGUCUACGGAGGCCUGUCUCGAUGCAUCCCGGCAUUCGGUCUUCCUUGCGAUGCUGCCUGCUACCGUCGAGGAAUUGCGAAAGGCAGAUAAAGAUGCCAGUAACCUCUUGCCUGGUGCACGAGCAGCUCUCCUGCAUCUUGAUCGCCCCGGCAUCGACGAUGGAUUCAAAUCUACCUCAGCAUCCGAGAUCGAAGGCUUCGCUGCUCAUCGUACUGCGGCUUCACGUGCUAGCGAGGAAGCUGUAGGUCAUGCCUCCAUCCUGCAUGAUGUCAGGCAAGUAUGGUUUGCAAUGGAGCACCUGUUUCAGGACUUGGAAAGCAUUCGCGACGAGAUUCCGGACGCUAUAGAGAGGCAGAUGUGGCGACAGCAGAUGAGUUCUCAUGGAGCACCGCCCACACCCGAAACACCCACAACAGAGCUCGCCCCUACGACUAUUUCACCUGCUUCCAUUUUUGCUCGGUUGGACACUUUGCAGGUGCGGAUGAACCAGGAGGUCUCGUCGCCGUGCAGAGCAGUGAUUUUUUCAGUUGGUCCAGCUCUGAAGGACUACCUGUCGGAGUGUUCCACCAACCUGGAUUCUUUCCUCAGUCGUACGACUGAACUGGCUCGGUUUUGGGAAUCUGUCUUGAACCAAGCUGCCAUCAUGGGAAAUGUACGGGACGAAGUUCACAGUCUCCAAAUUCAGAUGGAAGACCUAAAGGUCCGAUUUGACAAAGGUAUUCAAGACGUCCUUGCAGGUGACCUCGUCAGCGACGCGUUACUGUUGACUGAGGGUGGUCUCACGAGUGAAGUAAAACGCUCUCAAGACACGCUUCAAGCAUUCCUCGCUGAUCUGCCCCACCGUGUUCCAUUCACUGGAGGUCUGGAAAUGUCCAGCGUAACUUCUUCGAAGAGGACCUCUCUUUCUGGCAGCUUCAGUCUUGACAUUGUCCGGCAAGCAGCCCCCCUCUAUUUGCCAUUCGAUCCCGCGAUUCUGGACCAUGCAGUUCGGGCAGAUUCCAACGCGUACAGCAUGAUGCUAUCUGGCGUACUCAAAGUACUGGAGCAAAAGACCGAUCACUUCCAGCUAGCGAAGACAGCGAAAACGAUCGAUCUUGCGACGGAGACCAUCGUCAAUAGUAUUCGUCAUGCGGUCAAGUCGGCUAAAGUCAUUCGACAAUCUGUUGCAAAGUUUCCAGACAAUAUCCACUUACUGGAUCAUUUAGCGCUUCUGUCGGAGGAAGUCAAUCGACUGUUGCAGACAGAUGGCCUCGAGAUUCCGCGCUCCUUCUCCCCAGUUCGUGAUUUACUUCACAGAUUGAAGUCUGUUUCUGGAGAUGCUGGAGCCAAUGUGCGGGAUAGUCUGCUCAUAUCUCGUCAGAGAGCUCUGGAAGAGGCCGAAGUACAGUACAAUUCUUGGAAGGACCGUGUUUCGAGUCUGCAGCAGCAGAUAGCCAAGGCGCUGGAUGCAGAGCGUUCGCGAUUAGCGGAGGAAGCUCGUCUGCAGGAAGAACCGGGUCGGUUGGAAGUUGAAGAACGUGCAAAGCUAGAACAAUUGCUGUCAGAGGCUGAAGAACGAGCAAGGCGAGAACGGGAGCAGUUGGAGGUCGAAGAACGAGCAAGACGGGAACAAGAGGAAGCUGAACGUCUUGCGAAGGCCGAAGAAGAGCGCCUCGGGAAGGAGCAGGUGGUUGCUGAAGAGCGCGAGAAAGCUGAGCAGCAGCGCCUGUGGGAAGAACAGGAAGCUGAGCGUGUGCAAUUGGAGGCGGGGGAGAAACAGCGACUGGAACGCGUCACUGCGGCGGGGAGAGAGGUGGGUGAGCGCAGGAGACUUGAAGCGCAGGAGCUGGAAGCUAAGGCAACACCUGGAACUGACACAGAGGUGUCUGGAUUACAGGAGCCAGCUCUGCGAGAGAAACAUCAGAGGGCCGUUACGCCGUUGGAGGUUGUUAAAGAAUCUGACAUGGAGGACUCUAUCACACACGGAGUCCCUAGUCUGCACGUCCAAGAAGAUGUCUUCGGGAUACAGUUGUUUCCGUCUGCAGUCAUACAUCGCCCACCACAAAAGCGGAGCGACCUUCAGACGCGCAUAUACCACCUGCGGAAGCGGCUAUGUUCUAUCCACAUAAACGAUGUGGCAAGACCAGCCCUCCGAUCAGGCGAUUCUCUUCCGGGCGAUGAACUACGGCAACGAAUGGCGAAUCAAUUCUCGGCAGUAAUUGUUGAGGUUGAUCACUUACCGCCAUCUCUCCCAGAUAACACUGCAGCCGAUACAGAUCUUCGCUCUUUGCGCAGCGAGGUUUCUGCUUCCACUAAGCUCAUGCAAAAGGUUCACCGGCUAGCGGACUUAACUAUGGCCGUAGGCUCAUGCGACAGCGCUCUCAGUGAUCUCUUAGAGCACGUUGACAGUUAUCCCUCACCACCUCUCGGGCCGUUAUCUUCGUCAUACACUACCAACACCGCUUUAACACCCGAAAAGCAAAUGUCCGAUCGGUUAUCGUUCACGAAAGAUGUUUUGGAGAAGAUGCAAGCGUGCUAUUCUGCAGUUCCCGACGACUCCCGCGCCACGGUGGAACGUGAUCGCGUUUUGCAAACCUGGAGCGAGUUGCAGGCUAUGGGUCUUGACCGUGUCAGCGGGCAGAAAUCCAGGCCACCGAGCGUCAUAAGUACUGGUCGAAGCAGUAGAUCAUCUGGCAAGAGUAAUUCCGGACACCAAAGCAAGAAAUCAACUGGCUACUCCAAGCUCUCUGUUGGUUCUACUGGAGGAUUUCUUGCACCUCUUCCACAACCUCAUCCUAGACGGUCUUCCGCUGGCGCGUCGGCUGUGGGUCACAGUCGAUCAGCGAGUAGGGCAUCCGCGACCUCUUCCAUUCGGUCGGUGUCGAGUCCGAUAUCACCAUCAUCCACGCUGUACGGCUCGACAUUCUCCUCGCGCCAGAGGACUGCCAGCAUAUCAUCCGCCUCUUCUAUGACAACACCUGCGAAGCGCGUCCAGGCUGCUGCACGUCCAAGAGCACAGAUUAUUCAAGCGGACCGCACUGCAUCUCCAGCACUCACAGAGAUUUCUUCGCGCUCUACUUCUCGCCCCCGAUUCAACUCGUCCCUGUCGUCUACACCACAUUCUACGUGGGCGCGUGUUCCAAGACAAUCAUUAUCAGCAGCUGCGAAGGUUACCUCACCUCCUGCAGUUAGAGCGCCACCGGGUGUGAAGAAGCCCUACGUCGCCGAUCCCAAAAACAAGCUUGAUGUUGCGGUCGGUGACGUCGUCAACAAGCUUUCCGCGAAUAUCAACGUUGAGGUUGUUGCGGACACUUGGAAAGAUCAGAGUGGAAAGUAUUGGAUUGGUGACCAAGAGCCCAAACUCUGCUUCUGUCGUAUCCUACGUUCGCAGACUGUCAUGGUUCGAGUCGGGGGCGGAUGGUCAGAACUUUCGAAAUUUAUCAAGGAUCAUUUUGCUGAUGCGUUUCGAAUUCUUCCAGAGUCCCCUCCACGCCCUCCACGCGCCUCGGUUGGCUCACGCGAUGAAAAAUGGGUCAAUUCAGCAACUUUCUCUCAAGCUGUAGAUAAUAUGUUCCCAUAUCAGCCACCUGGCACUCCUCUACCCAAUUUGUCGUUUAUUCCAUCGUUUGCUCUGGUCUCCCCUUACCGCACUGCAGUUCUUCAGAAGAGCCGGCAGAGAUUCUCCGUCUUUGCGCGCCGAGUCUCCAUCACGGUCGUCACGUUCUAUGAUGUCUUCGAUGUCCUCGGUGCUGAAUACCCCGGCAAGUUCUCGACCAUCUGUCUGGCGGCCAUGAUCAAGUCAAAGUCUGUUCGUUGUUUUCGUGUUGAUUGUGACAUUGCUUUGCAUAGUAUUUUCGAAUGCGCGAAUGAGCUCUUCAACGCGUCGAGGUUAUGCCCCGCGUGUGAGACUUCGUUGACAGAACCUGAUGACGUGGUAGUAUGCUCUUUGCAUCCAUCCAACGACUACAAAACGUCUGUCUUGUCCGGCUUGAACCCUGCAACUAUCUUAGAGAUAUGUAGCCGGGCAAUGUCUUUUUGGCAGUAUCAGGUUCAUCAAGAAUUCACUUUCCAGCAUGCAGUGCUCCGCAACGUCAACGAGAAAACUGCGCUGCUGCAGAAACAGCUGGACAACGUGAUCAGAGAAGCCAACGGGGAGAUAAGCCUGCUGAACAACAAGGUAUCUGAGCUCGAGCGGGAUCUCGAGUUAGAACGCAGACAAGCAGCAAACGUUCAAGAUACCCUUAGAGAACGAGAGAAGGAGUAUCAGAAGCUCAAAACACAAUACGACAAGAUGAAACGCAAGGCACUUCUUGCUCCCGGCGGCGUCACUGGGGAAGGGGCCAUGCCAUUUGGCGGCACUCAUGCGGGAGAAAGACAAGUCCUCGAAGAGCAAUCAAACAAGCACCGAGGAAUGGCCUUCGGCGCUGCGGUAGGUGGUACUGUCGACGUGGGGGCCGUUGUGGGUGAUAUGGAAGCGAACGGGAUUCAGCGGACACCGAUAGUGAAUCGCACAGUGCGACCAACAGGCGUGCAGCAGGGUACUGCAUGGCGCCAGCCCAACGCUGGUCAGACGCGACAUAAUCUCCAGCGUCAGCCUUUCAAUGCAAUGGUCGACCGAUCCUUCAGGACAAGUAGCGCAGCGCAGUCAGAUCGUUCCGGCAGUGCGGCGGAAGUGGAGAACAUGCUCGGACAGGGACAACCUCAAUAUGUCCGCACCAGCACUACUUGGUCGCUCCCUCAGGUUCACAACAAUAGACCUCCGCAACGCGUAUUCGCACAACCAUCGAUGAAUCCAAGGAAGCCAUCCAAUGGCAAGUUCCGACCUGCUGGCGCGUCCCUCUGA